GGAAGACACACAAGACUUAAAGGUGCGCGUGAGUUUAGUGACAGUGCUGCCUCCGUAGACUAACAGCUACAAUUUCUACAGUUGGAGCACCACAUCUUAUGCGAGGAGAAGCUGCUGUUGCUUUAAAGCCAAAGUCAUUAGGACCCACCCAUCGGCCAAGCAGUUUCCUGCUAUCCCUGGAACCCAAGUGUCCACCCCUGUGUAUGGGAAGAGCAAUCGAAUGCAGCAGCACACGCCAUUGUCCCACAAGCUGAGCUGCGUCUGAUCCCAGUCCUCUACUCAAGACAGUCCCAGCAUGGAGAGCCCCUUGAGUGCAGAAUCAGCUCCCCCAACCCCAACCCCAGCUCCCAGAAACCAUACUCCUUCUCCAAGUCCAAGAGCUGAGGCCCAAGAGUUGAGAAUGGAGGAGAAAGAAAGAACAGCGGACACAGAGGAGGACCCUAUAUAUCUGUCUCUGUUAUCAGAAGUGUCAGUGCUUGUGGAUGAGCCAGCAGAGGAUGCAUCAGAGAGGGCUGAGGAGAGAGCUGAGAGAGAGGCUCACAGGCAGCUCCUGGCCACAGAGGAGCUGGUCUACACAGAGAGGAACUACCUGAGACUCCUCCAGGUCUGCACCUGCACCAUCAGGAGCAACCUGCAGAAACUCCAGCCACAGCUGCCUAACCUGGACAGCAUGUUCCUGUACAUAGAGGAGGUGAUCGACGUGUCAGGGCGCCUCCUUAGCCUCCUGGACCAGAAGCAGUUGACACCCCAUGAUCCUCUCUUCCUGGAGACUCUAUGUGAUGCCUUCCUCAGUCUAUCAACAGACAUGGAGUCGGCAUACAAGGAGUACCUGGCCAACUACAACACCGUCACAGCGUUAGAGAACAGCUACAAGCAGAAAGAUGCCCUGUGGACUGAGAUAGUGAAAGUCAUCAAGUCCUCAGAGCCAGAGGUGAAUGCCACCUCUCUGAGCUUCUUCCUGGUGAUGCCAGUCCAGAGGAUCGCCCGCUACCCUCUUCUCCUCCAGACCAUCAUGAAACACACAGAGCCUGGGCACCCGGCCUACUCUCUUCUGGAGCAAACUGCCCGCACCGCCAUAGCCCUGAACUGCAGAAUCAAUGAGUACAAACGCUUCAGAGAAGUAGCCGACAAAUACAAGAAGACGGAAACCCUGACUAUAAGGGAUAAGAUGAAUCGUCUGAACAGCCACAGCAUCGCUAAGAAGACGGCCAGACUGAGUCAGUUCAUCAAGCAUGAGACGGGGAUUGCACCAAAGCUGGUUGAUGAGGAGUUUGAUGCCUUGGAGGGUUUUUUCUAUCUCCUUGAAAAUGGUAUCACCGUGCUACAUGAAAAUGUGGAGACAUAUCUAGACCAUCUACAGAGGUUUCUGAGCUGUCGACCAGAGGAGUUUGAUCUUGACAUGGAUGGUGAGAAGCCUGCUAUAUGCUACAAAGAAGUCAUAACAGCACUAAGGCAAUGGAUACUUCCUACAUUUGAGAAGAGGAUGAGGACUUUGGUCCACAAGCCCAUCUGUGCCCUGAGAGAGCUCCUGGCGGGGCCUCGUAACCUGAUCAGUAAGCGUCUAGACAAGCUGCUGGACUACGAGCUGAUCGAAGAGAAGCCCAGUCUGAGCUACGAUGAGCAGACGGUGGCUAACACCUAUAAGACCAUCAACACCCUGCUCCUCAACGAGCUGCCCCAGUUCAACGGCCUGGCCCUCACCCUGCUCUGGGGCAUGCUGGGGGCUUUCAGCUGCCUGCACAAGGACCUGGCUAAAGACAUGGAGCAGCUCUUCCAGGGCUUCACCCAACAGCUCCCUCACGGUUGCCUGGAGCCAAAUGCAUUCUGGGAGUGGGCGGAGUGUUCAAUGCUGGAUGGUGCAAGGAGGCUGGAGAGCCUGUGUUGGAAUGUGAAGGACCAACUCAAUGCUCCUAUUGUCCAGCCUCUCAGCCCUGGCUCUCAGAGGCGUCUGAAGGUCCUCACAGACAAUCACGGCUCAGGGAAGAUCUACCAGCUGAAGAGUCAUGUGGUGGGGACCAGAGACCUGGACCUGAGCCUGAACAGAGGAGAGCUGGUGGCCAUCAUCAGUGAGAUGGACACACGGGGGGACAAACGACGCUGGCUGGUCGACGCUGGGGGUCCAAGAGGAUACGUCCCCUCCUCCAAGCUGGUACGUUACCACCAGGUAACUAUGGAUCCUCCCCCAUCCCCUCAUCUGAUCACUACCAUGGAUCACGCUGGGGGGGUCAGACGACACUCCUGCACGCCUGGCGUCAGGCGACCCUCCUACACCCCUGAUACACCCCAGCCCCGGCUCCUGAGGUCUAUGUCGAUGACAGUUCCCUGCCUCCAGGUGCUCGCAGGCUAUGACUUCAUGGCAAGGAGCAGUCACGAGGUCUCUCUGAGGGCGGGGGAAACAAUCAGAGUCCUGGAACCCCAUGACAAGAAGGGUAGCUGUGACUGGAGCCUGGUGGAGGUGCGGGGGCAGAGGGGAUACGUGCCCUCCAACUACCUGACAGUGAUGCCCACAUCCACAACGCCCACCGCCCCUUACUGCUAGGGUUGCCCUGGGUAACCAGCCACCAGCCGGUCUGAGCUAGACACUGCCACUCAACCCUUCACUGCCACACAGCUCAUCUUAGCAGGGGAAGCCUACAUCCACAGGAGAGAGAGAGAGAGAGAGAGAGAGAGAGAGAGAGAGAGAGAGAGAGAGAGAGAGAGAGAGAGAGAGAGAGAGAGAGAGAGAGAGAGAGAGAGAGAGAGAGAGAGAGAGAGAGAGAGAGAGAGAGAGAGAGAGAGAGAGAGAGAGAGAGAGAGAGAGAAGGAGAGUUUGUGUGCUGUUGAUUGAAUCACAGAUUUGUGUGUGAAGUGGCGAGGCUGGCAUUUGCAGGUAGAGUGCUCCAAGCCCUCACCCGCGCUCUUAUUAAUAUGUAAGUGGGAGGCCGCUUCCAUCACCAUGAACCAGGGGUGCAAUCCUGUUUUUUCCCUGGAGAGACUGACUGACUGACAGGCAGGUAGGAAUGCCUCAGCACAGCAUGAUGAUAGAGAAGAGCAGGCAGUCCAUCAAGCUUAUCUGUCUGUCUGGAGUUCUCAUUCACUCACUCACUCACUCACUCACACACUCACACACACACACACACACACACACACUACAUAGUCUGGGCGCUGGCAGUUAAACUGAUGGAAAUAUGUACAAACUCCAUUUUGAUGUACCACUAGCACUGUCAGGUGACUUGGCCACUGACUUUGACAGUAAUGCAGUUUAUGCUCAGGCAAAAUAGUUUUCUGAUUUCUAGGAAGAAUGAGGUCGGCAAACCUUAAUGCUAGAUUGCAUGAUCAAAUAAGGAAAGUGGUUAAGAUAACUUGUUCAAAUGGAUGAAGCGGAUCUAGUUUGAUUCCAGACAUGAAAUGGCAGCAAAGGUGUGUUACUAAAGCAAUGACAUCAUUAGGUUGAUAUGGCUUUAAUAAGACCGUUGUUGUCCUGCAGCUAGCGGAGCCUUCUCAUUGGUCCAAAUAUCAGGGCAGAGUGAGAAGACCAGACAUUACCUGGUGCUGCAUCUGGGCUGACAGACAUAACUGUCUUCUCUCAGCUGGCCACAAGGGAGCGCACCACACCAGCGCUCACCCAACAGAUGUCUGUUGGCUUUACCUUUAGCCUCUUCAUUAUUAGCUCAGUCGACAGUGACGUUAAUCUUCUGGUGGAUGUCACACAACCUAAACAUGUUCAUAUCUUACCGGUGUGGUCAUGGCAUUCCUUUUGCUGUCAAUAUCUGCUACAUAAUAUGAUCUAAAGAGAAUGUUCUCUCUGUAGGCCCACUGUCAAGGUAUAGAUGUCAUGUUUUUUAAAUUGUUUUUAUUUCAUUGAUUUAACACAGCAGGACCGUGCGUCAGGCUUUUCAUAAUAAUCUCUGAUGAUAUGAAGGAAGAAAUCUCUGUCUGAAAGGGAGCACGGCUCUGUCAGUGCAGCAGAGUCAUUGUUAUGCAGAUUGGUGCAGAGUAGUCACUGCCCUGGGUAAUACAGCGCUCAAGCUGGGUAUGCAGCUCUUCAGAUAGUCACCUCUAUUUUACCAUGUUGACUCAGAACAGGAUUUGUAUUAGGCUCUAAGAUGGUGCAGUUUCUGAAUUUGAGAUAUAAUUGAAGGAAAGACCACAUACCUGUAGAUAGUGGUGGCCUAUAUGUGAGUUAUGAUAACAGAGCUUUCACUAUGUUAGCAACACAAUGGAGAGUAAUCACGUGUAAAAAUGGAUGACAGGGCUUUUAAUGUUGUACUAACCAAACGAUGCUACUGAGUGACACGUGGUGUCCUCCAUAUGACAUUUAAACGUGUGGCGUAUUCUGUGUUUGUGGUCGUCACUGAAACAGCUAAGGAUGGGUUAUCACCAGGGAUGUCAUGCAGUGACUCCCUGCAGCUACCGCUAACCUUAGCAUGACAGAACCCUAUGCAGCUCUAAAAAUAAACGUUCUCUCAUUCAAUGGUUCUAUAAAUAGCCCACUGUCUGUAUAGGAUCUUCUGUUGGACCCUUGUUCUCCCCCCGCUGGUCACUGUUGGAACAGCAGUUUUACUCCAGCUACCUCUUCUGGGUGGUACAUCGCAAAACAGCUACUGCAAUACUACCUCUACAGUGUUUCUGGGCUGCUCCUGCCGUAAUGCUACAAGGGAGUAUACAGAAAGCAAUUAGUUUGGUUUUACUCUCUGUCUUAGAUAAUUGGGCUCCUGAUUGUGAGGGAAAUCCAGUGCUUUAAUGAGGCAGGGCUGAAUCAAGGCGUCCAUGUUGUUUCUGUCAGAAUGUAGAUCAGCGGCUGCACAAUAACAAUGUCUAUCUGGCUGCAGCCUCAUAUUUGUGCUGGGCAGAAUUUAUUGUCCAAUCACGGGGGGCUAUAUUACGGCAGUCAAGGGAGCGAGCAUCUGUGUGCCGGGGGGGCAUUUUUCCUGGAAGAGUUCCCCUCCCAAUUUGGGAGGAAGAGUUGAAUCACAUUGAAUGUGAUGGGGGCUGAUCCAUCCAAGCCGCACAAGGCUGGCCACAGAAAUGGCAGCAGUAGGCCUGUCCUGGGCGCUUUAAACCAGGGUUGUAUUUGGUAACCAUUUGGCAACGCUCCUGAUGCCAUUGCUUCUUUAAGGCCCUGUCAGCUGAUCUCUCUGGCACAACCAAUUUAGUUUUAACAAUACUGCUGGACUAGAAUGUGAAAGUCUCCCCCGGCUUGUAGCAAAUGUCCGGGGUUUAGAAGGUAGUGGUGAGACAGGUUAGGGAGGCACAUGACACUCUGCCCCCAUGCAGCCAGGAAGCCCCUUUCUCCUGAUGUUCCCCUCGGGGACCUGGGGAGAGAGCCACUGACAUGGUGCAAUCACCUCACCGUGCACUGGCUAACUGUGUGUCAGUCAGUCGAGGGACAGAGCGGGAGAGGGCCAUGGCAGUCAAGCGGAGCAGAUCUCCUAGUCAGGGGGAUUGACUAGGCAAAAAAUUCACAACAUCAGGAGUUUAUUGCUUUCUCCUUCAGUUUCCAGACCCUCUGAAUAAGACAUGAAUAGAGAUGGAACAUGGACACACACACUGACAUUCUGUAAGAGAUGCAGUUCACCACGUUCCCUUAAACUUGAUAUAAUUGAAUCCAUACAUUUGCUACAAAUUGACUUGAAACUUAAUUCGUUAUGCCUUUUGCAUUUGAAGGAAGUUAUUUGGCCUGCAAUAGACCAGAGUCCUGUCCAGAUAGUGUACUUGUCCAGAGAGUGUACUUGUCCAGAGAGUGUACUUGUCCAGAGAGUGUACUUGUACAUCAAGCUGCUGCACGCUACUGAAAGAGGAGAUACAACGGCCCAUAGGGCAGAAGCCUGUCUUCAACAGGGACACUUAAGUGACAUUUAUAAAGUAAUUGCUUUGAUGUUCUAUAACUCCAUGUUUCAAUUGGCCAAACAUAUUUUGUAACCAAAGAGUAGUCAAGGAUUGUUUACCUGUUGAUCUGCCCUGUGCUGUAUAGGGCAGUGCCUUUUCCCUUAGUGGAAAUCACAUGAACCCCUGUGUGUGGUGACAGUGGGACAGAAUGGUCUGGGGCCUAAUCAGACUGAAUGAGGGGCCCAGGCAAGAGUGGAGAUUUGAGGGCCAGGGGGAUAUGUGGCUAAAGGGGCAACA